UUCGAAAAGAUUUACAGAGGUUUAGUUUUACUAAUAUGCGAAACUGAAUCAAUCAUUUCCUCUGUUUUUUUAUUAUUAUUUUAGGGUUGGGUUUUGAUUUUAUUUCGGGGUUUUUGUUGAUUGAUUCAAUGGCUGACUGGCAACAGCUUUUGCAAUCGAUUUUCCUAGGUCUCAUCUUCUCUUAUCUUCUUGCUAAGCUAAUCUCCUUACUCGUUUCUUUCAAAGAAGAUAACCUUUCGAUUACCCGAAACCGAAGCAGCAAUGUCCAAGGCUACGUGAAGAUCGAUUACUCUGGACCCGGGUCCGACCCGAUUCUCAGUAAUCCGUGCGAGGGACUGCACAAGUCGGAUUCGGUGGUCGCCGAAUUGGGGAGUCUUAGGAACGACAGCGAUGGCCUUGAUGAGGAUGAUGACGAUUGGGAAGGGGUUGAGUGUACGGAGCUGGAUGAUGCGUUUAGUGCUGCGACGGCGUUUGUAGCUGCUGCGGCAGCGGAUCGGUUGUCGCAGAAGGUUCCAAAUGAGUUUCAGUUGCAGCUUUAUGGUUUGUACAAGAUUGCUACCGAAGGACCUUGCACUGCUCCUCAGCCUUCCGCUUUGAAAAUGACCGCUCGUGCUAAGUGGCAAGCAUGGUAUAAAUUGGGUGCUAUGCCUCCGGAGGACGCAAUGCAGAAAUACAUUGAUAUCGUGACUGAGCUUUAUCCAACUUGGGCUGAUGGUUCGGCUAUGAAGACCAAAGGUGGGGCUGAUGGUACUGCAAGUAAAGAUGCCAAAGGACCAAUGGGACCAGUUUUCAGCUCUUUCAUAUAUGAAGAGGAAUCUGGAAAUGAGUUGAAAAUGGAUGCAAUUCAUACUUUUGCCAGAGAAGGAGAACUGGAUAAUUUGCUUAAAUGCAUUGAAAGUGGAGUUUCCGUGCAUUUACAAGACAGUGAAGGCAGGACACCGUUGCAUUGGGCUGUAGAUCGUGGCCAUCUUAAAAUCACGGAAGCACUUGUUAGCAGGAACGCAGAUGUGAAUGCUAAGGACAAUGAAGGCCAAACCCCAUUGCACUAUGCUGUUAUGUGUGAGAGGAAAGAUAUUGCCGAAUUUCUUGUAAAACAAAAUGCAGACAAAGAUAUGAAGGAUAACGAUGGCAACUCUCCAGUUGACCUAUGUGAAUCGGAUUGGCCUUGGUUGUAAUGUGCGGGAAAAGCUGGUUGAUCAGUGUUUUAAACCGAGUUCGCCUUUCCUCAAGUACUUCAAAAAUUUCUCAUGGAUGUACAUGGCUACAAGCUAUCCUUUU